AAAACUUCACUGAAGAUGUCUAAGCAACAACCAACUCAGUUUAUAAAUCCAGAAACUCCUGGCUAUGUUGGAUUUGCAAAUCUUCCCAAUCAAGUUCACCGAAAAUCAGUGAAAAAAGGUUUUGAGUUCACACUAAUGGUGGUCGGUGAAUCGGGGCUAGGAAAAUCAACUCUCAUAAACAGCCUGUUCCUGACUGAUCUCUACCCAGAAAGAAUCAUACCCGGAGCUGCAGAGAAAAUUGAAAGAACUGUCCAGAUUGAGGCUUCGACUGUGGAGAUUGAGGAGCGAGGGGUCAAGCUGCGCCUGACAGUGGUGGACACACCUGGCUAUGGGGACGCCAUCAACUGCAGGGAUUGUUUUAAGACCAUCAUCUCCUACAUCGAUGAGCAGUUUGAACGGUACCUGCAUGACGAGAGUGGUUUGAACAGGCGGCACAUCAUCGAUAACAGGGUGCACUGCUGCUUUUACUUUAUCUCACCCUUUGGACAUGGACUCAAGCCUUUAGACGUCGCAUUUAUGAAAGCGAUACACAAUAAGGUGAACAUUGUGCCUGUCAUUGCCAAAGCCGACACCCUCACCCUGAAGGAACGGGAGCGCUUGAAGAAAAGGAUUCUGGAUGAGAUUGAAGAACAUAGCAUCAAAAUCUAUCACUUACCUGAUGCAGAAUCAGAUGAAGAUGAGGACUUUAAAGAGCAGACUAGACUUCUCAAGGCCAGUAUCCCGUUCUCUGUGGUUGGGUCCAAUCAGUUGAUUGAAGCCAAGGGCAAGAAGGUCAGAGGCCGCCUCUACCCAUGGGGCGUUGUGGAGGUGGAGAACCCGGAGCACAAUGACUUUCUGAAGCUGCGGACGAUGCUCAUCACCCACAUGCAGGAUCUCCAGGAGGUGACCCAGGACCUUCACUAUGAAAACUUCCGUUCCGAGAGGCUCAAAAGAGGCGGCAGAAAAGUGGAAAACGAUGACAUGAAUAAAGACCAGAUCCUGUUGGAGAAGGAAGCAGAGCUUCGCCGCAUGCAGGAGAUGAUCGCAAGGAUGCAGGCGCAGAUGCAGCUGCAGAUGCAGGGUGGGGACGGCGAUGGUGGGGUCCACGGGCACCACGUGUAAGGUAA